CAACAGACUUCGUAGUCCUUUAUGAUUUGUUUUUCGUUGAAAUGCAAAUAUUUGAGUUGCUUUUAAAUGUAUAUGCAUAUAAUGCAAAAGAUCUAUGAGUCAUCGAUGUUAAGAACUACCUGUACAUGGAGCGAGGAGGGUAUGCUAGUUUAUAGACGCUGACGGUUAUAAAUGAGCAGAGGUCUCCAGAGAGACAAUACGUUUUAACUUAUGUAUGUUUGAGACUUAGUGGGAUAUAAACUUAAGUCCUUUUAAAUUCAGAUCACGUUUUGUGUGUCGAUCACAGCUGAAAAGAUUUAUUAUCAAAUAGUGAAAUGCUACUAAUGAGACUGUCAAUGACUUGCAAGAAAGUGCGAUUGAGCUUGUUUAACGGUGUUUUGAUAGCGUGACUUUGUGAGAUCUUUUGACGAUCUCUUCAGUGACUGUAAUGUUUACAAGAGAGAAGAAAAGAGUGGAUCCAGCACGAACCAAUACUAAAAGAGGUCGCAAAGGAAAAAACUCCAAGGCAGCUUGGGAGAAUUUGCUUUCUACUUCUCACAACGGUAGUUCUACACUGGUGAAUGGAAAGGUGUCUUUUGGCGCUGACAAGAGAAGUGGGUACCCACACGUUCAAUGGUCGGAUGAUGAUGACGACGAUGACGAUUAUGAUAAAUACAAUACUUCUAUAACUCCAAAUGCAUCUCUUAACUUUUCGGGGAGUCGCUCCAAAAGUUUUGAAAGUUUAUGGAGGUCCGCAUCUGCCCAAGCAAGGUCAAAUACUUCAUUAAGUAGGAGUUUUGAGUCACAGGCAAUGCCAGUUGAAGACUUUUAUAUGCAUACUGCCCAACCACCGGUUCCCAAGAAAGUUGUUAAGCAAAUACGAGAUGGAAAUUAUAUUAACUUCCAAGAACUUCUUCCUGAAAAUCUUGGAAGAGAAAAUGCAAAGAACAAGGUGUUGAUUGAUGAAACUGAAAGAGUGGAUGAUAUCACUAAGUGGAUUGAUUGCAUGGCUACUUAUGUUGCUGUGUUUACAUGUAGUGAUCCUAAUCGAAUCAGAGAUUUAUUGGCCUAUCAAGGAAUAAUAACCAGAUUAUACCGGGAAUGCCAUGACAAGAAAGCUUGGCAACGAUAUGACGUUGCAUUCAGGCGGAAGGCAUCUCAGAAUGGACUGAGAGACUGGAGCACAGUUGAUGAAAACUUAUGGAUAAUGGCUUCAUCCCGAGAUGCAAGGAGAGCUAUCCUCUGUAAACCUUGUUUGUCUCUAGCACAUGACCAAAAUUCUUGUCCGCUGAAACCUAAAGAAGAAGUAUCAAAGACUUCAAGGCAGCGCUCUUGGUAAAGUAUGAUAAUAAUAUACUGUAAAUUGCAGCUUACCAGUGUACUCUUACUUACUACCAUGUACAACUCAGUAUAGCUAUUAGGGUUUUCACUGUGAGUUUGAACUCUGACAAGUGAUCCUGAUUUGAAAGGUCUUUGUUUGUAUGAUAUGUUGAUACAUGUACUGUUUAAAGGUUAUCAAGAUCAUCAAAGUCUGUUAAAAGGGAAGAGGCAGAGAUUGAGGAGCGGCCACGCUCAGUCAGCCCAACCCGUGGAAAGAGAGGAACUAACGAGGGACUGGAUCUCAAGUUUGCUUUUGGGUAAUAAUUCUCCUUUUAAAAGGAUACCUACACUUUUAUGUCAUUAUAUACUCUGCCAAUGAAGUGAAAUCACAAGAAAUACAUGUAACUAGAGAAUUAAAAUGUAAACGAGGAGAAUAAAGAACCUACUUCUCUUCAGAUUUUACACACAAACUUUUUUAAAAAUUAUGUCAAAACAUGUACAGUGUAAAGUAUUAAUAAUUAUGAAUAAUUUAUUAUUGAUGCGCAGUAAGUUCUCAAAGCAAGGAUGUGCAGUCAUAGCUGGGAAUCGGAUUCCAACUCGGGAGUUCUCGCACAGACUGAAGUCCUGUACAUGUAGGUUAUAUACUAAUCAACCAUGCCAAUCCUCAUUCCUGUGGUCUAGAACUAAUAUGAAGUAAUCAUUACAACACUUAGACACAUCUGCUGUACAUUAUUCCUUCAUACAUGCCUAUAAUGUUCCUUUCUUUAGGUACCAUGGUUACAAUGCCUGUAACAAUUUAUUCUACACCCAAUCUAAUGAGAUAGUGUUCCAUGUGGCAGCACUUGGAAUAGUCUACAGUCCACCCAGUCAUCAACAGAGAUUUUACAAAGGACACACUGAUGAUAUUCUCUGCCUCACCAUUCAUGAUGACCAGGACCUUGUGGCCACAGGACAGGUGUGUUGUAGAAUUAAAAAAGUGGCUAUAAAAGAAGUUCCGGACGUCAUAUUCUGUUGGUCACAUUGUAGGAGUUUCUGUUUUGACCAUAAAAAAAUAUAAUGAGGAGUAACUGCUGUCUGCAAACUAUGAUAUAAAUUGUUACUGUAUUAUUUUGGUAUUUGUGGCAAUAUGAAAGGUAAAUUCAUGGCUAUUUGGGUAUAACUAGGUAGCUAGAUGGUGAUAGACUACUGUGUAGCAUGAAAAUUUUGCGGGAGUUUUAUUUUGCUGAUUGGCGAUUUUUUGUGGUUUGCGGGAACAAAUUUUUUGCGGUUCGAGAUGACUGAAAUUUCUGGUGGGAACUAAUUUUUGCAAUUCUCUGUUCAAGUGGCAGAAUAUUUAAGUGGAAGAAACCUCAAUAUGGUAUUUUCAACUUUUAUUUUACGGUAUGUUGAGUCAAAGUUCACUCUACUUACAUAUUUAAUGGAGAAUAAUACGGUAAUCACUGUAAUAUCUUACUGCACAAAGGGACUGAACAACAGCAAAACAAAACAAAAGCCUAUCCCUACCAUACACAACAAGUCCAUGAAAAGCAGUUUUUUUAAUUUGACUGAAGGGAGUUAAUUUUUGCGGCGUUUUAUUUUGCGGGUUUUUUUCGGAUGGAGGUCAAUCCACAAAAUUCGCAAAAAUUAGAACCCGCAAAAUUUUUAUGCCACAUGGUAGUAGACGUAGCAGUUUUUCUGCAAAACUGUAAUUGAAUAUAGACAAUCUGCAACUAUUAAUACCCUUAUGUACUUACCAUAGAUGAGAUUGUUGAAUGUGAUCUUUUAAACCAUAAAAAGAACCCAAAAUGCUGACAAAUAUGGCCCAUCAAUUAAAGAUUAAAAAUAGCUUUGGGGUUUAGCAGAAUUAUUUGUGUAUUAUGCGCAAUUUUGGUAGUAAAGCCACAACCCAAAAGCCUUUUUGUUGUGACCUGGUUAUGUGCAACUAGCUGCAAGAGUACAAUAAAGAAAGUUUUUUUUUCAUAAGAGCCCUUAUGUUUUUGACUACUAAAUGUUUACCAUACAGUAUUACAGCUUCUUCAGUACCUUUGAAACUCAGCACUAUAUCUGAAUUGUGUUACUUUGUAAAUAGACAAAUACUGUGUGAUUUGUCUCCAGGUGGGCAAACAAGCAGAGACUCAUGUGUGGGAUGCUACUACAAUGAGAACUGUUUCUGUUCUUAAGGGCUUUCACAAGCGAGGCGUAAUAUGUGUGGACUUCUCAGGUACUUACUGGUCUACCUCGUAGAUGCACAUGAGCCUUAAGACCCACACAGUUGGGGCUCAUCCCUGUUUCCAUAACACGGAGCACGUCUGGGUAGAAGUGAUCCCCGCUAGAUGGGAUGCAGGUCUAUCACAGGGUUACCCCGGGCAGUAUCUGGUAUUAGUGAGCUUUAAUAAGCAAAGAUGUUUUUGAGUGACUCACAUUAACGGGAAGUGGAAUUUGCAUAUUUCUUGGGCUGUAGUUUCACCAAAAUUGUUGGUUAAAUUGUCUUUACAGCAGUGAGGUCAGUUGUAUAAGAGAAAAAACCCUUAGCAAUUGCAAAUUUUUUACAGUCAAACCUCCGUAAUACGGACACCAAAGGGAUAGAACCAAGCAUCCGCUUUACAGAAGUGUCCGUAUUAUAGAGCUAGGGAAUGUAUGAUUUUUGGCAUGUCUGGGACCAAACAAACUGUCCGUAAUAGAGACGUGUCCGUAUUAUAGAGGUGUCUGUAAGGAGAGGUUGGACAGUAGUGUCAAUGCAUAUUAAAAGAAAGAGGCCUCAUUUCCAACUGUCUUGUGGUACGUUGCUCAAAGGUGUCUUUUCUUAAAUACCUAUUUAUGCAUUUACAUGCGUGUAUUCAAAAGAGACAAAGUGGAAAAAGGUUUUCUAUGGAAUAACAAUAUGACAAGACUUUAAUAAACCCGGUUCCUAGGGAUCUGAAGUUUGAUAUGUUAACCUCCUGGCCAUCAACCCUUUGCUGGGUUAUUAAUGAUAGCCAUAAUUCAAGGGCUGGAUCAUUCACCAACAAACCCCCCCCCCCCCCCCAAAAAAAAAAAAGAACAGAGCAUGUGAUCUUCAUUUACAUUUUUGUUUUUGUUUUUGUAACAUGUAGUGUUCACUUAUUGAAAAACAAUGCUUUGCCUGAAUUUGCUCUUUUAGGGUGUGUUGAUUGUUAAUUUGAAAAUGAUGACAUUGAGUCAUCGAAACGUCAUUCAUUGCUAUUGCUAAUUUUUAUUCUCAAUUGAUCGUAUUGUGGAGUAACCAAUUAUAUAUGCAAAAAUUUUGUUACAGCUCUCUUAAUGUCAUAAAAUCUUUCCCUUACACAUUAGGAUGCUCAAAUUUUCUGUUAUGAACAAAAGAAAACUUGAGGCCUGUAGUCAAAGAAAAAAAAUUAAUGAUGGCUCGAAAAUUUUAAAAUUUACAAGGAUUUGCAAGCAAACCACUUGACUGUGACUGGUUGGCAAGAAUAUUGUUUUUUCCAUGCAAAUCCUUCUACAGUUUUGGUGGCUGAAAAUUUACAUGUCGUCUUUUUUUUAUAUGCUUUUUCAGUUACUGCUAAAACCAUUUUUCCAAAAUGAACUGUUUUUGAGUUAACAGAAAAAUGAUCAUGUGACCAACUAAUUAUAUUUACUCAAGUUCACUUUUCUUUCAACUUUGAAUUGCCAUAGGUGAUGGAAAGAAAUUGGCAGAUGUUGGUCUUGACGAUGACCACAGUAUCUGUAUUUGGGACUGGAAGAAGGAGGAAAAAAUGGUUUCAACUCGUGGUCAUAAAGACAUGAUCUUUGUUAUUGAGUGGAAUCCAUUCGAUCCAAAUUACCUUGUGUCUGUUGGAGAGAAACACAUCAAAUUCUGGACACAAAAGGGUAAUGUCAAUUUUAACCAGUCAGUCACUAUAUUUCUUGAGAUAAGUCCUUCACCCUUUUAACGCAUUGCACAGCGCACAUAAGUACACAGACUAAUUGGUUUCAUGUAAGGGGCUUGAGUAUUUUACUGAGAUUGCUCGGUACAUUCUCUUUGCGUUAUCCUUUUUUUCUCUACAAAAUACUGUUGAAAAAGUUCUUUCGAAUUUCCUAACGUUAGCUGGAUCCAAACAUCAAAUAUAAUUUGAUGGAACUUAAUGAAAUUGCCUGUAAGAACCAGCUUGCUCCUUGAGUUGUGAAUUGGAUCCAUUGUAACUUCCCGUCUUCCUGAUAUAUAUAUUAUGCAUUUUCGACACAUGAAUGUAGACAAUGAUCAGUCUCUGCGUAAGGCUGCCGGCCUCAUUUCUCGCGUCUCGUGGCCUCGCCGGUCGCACACGCGUACACUCCCCUCACUAAAUCUAGAGAAAAAGUGAAACUGCUGGUGGUCUACAUUAACAUGUUAUUUUCUUUAUUAAAAAAAUCAAGUAUCUUUUGUUUAUUUCAGAUAAAAAGGUUGAGAAGCGUCCAGUGACAUUUGGUAAAGCAGGUACUGCUGCUACUAUGCUGUGUAUUUGUCAUAGUCCCACAGAUGAUCUUUGCUUCUCUGGCAGUGAUACUGGAUUGGUGUAUGUUUGGCAAGGAACAACUCUUCGCCGUUCUGUUCAGGCUCACAAUGGACCCGUUUGUUCUAUGUACUCACUAAGCCAGACUAACCAACAGGUGGGCGAUGAAAUGAUUAUUGGAAAAUCGUUUUCACGUGAAAUCGUGACAUAAAGAGAAAUUAUGAAUUUCAUUACAGUAAUUUAAAAAUGAUAUGGGCAAUAGGGGGUGGGAGUGGGGAAGGGGGGAUAAAGUCCCGCCUUGAGACAUUGCACGUGAUAUAGUGGUCCCGUCUCCAAUACGUUGCGUGAAACUGACUAGUUUCCCCUAUUAGUACUUUAGUGCUAAAUAUAUUGACGCUCCAAAAUGUGCGUUUUUUUAACCUUUCCACUAAACAAGUUGAUUAUUUCAGGGUUAUGUGACUGGUGGCAGAGAUGGAGUGGUGGCUAUGUGGGACCUAUUCUUUGAACAGUGUCUAAAGGCUUUCAAGGUAGAGGAAGCAUCCAUGAAUCCUGGAUCAGUUCUUUUACAAAACCUGCCACCUGUUAGAGCAAUACAUACUGAUGAAGGCAAAAUACUCAUUGGUACCGGAAACGAUGAGGUACGAUAUAGUUGUUGUAAAUCAGGACACGUUUCUCGCGCGUGAAAUUAACUGGCUUGGUAAAAUCUUUGCGGGAAAAAUGGGCUGAGGUAACUCGUAAAGGAUAAUGAAAAUGGAAGUCGAAGUUUGUGUUAACGCCAUGUGUUUAUAGAAGUAUAUAACCUGCGAUCAGGCGGUCCUUCUUCCCCGAAAAAAACAAAAAACCGCAAAAAACACGUCUGAUCGCAGGUUAAGAAGUAUAUUAUUAGGCCAUGUUCAAAUUCUAAAAACCUUCACUUUCAAAAUGAGGUCAAUAGACCACUCUAGCUUGUGCGUUUUGUUUCCUAAUGACGUAGGUCUCAAGGAAAUUUGCCCUUUGUCUUUUCAUGACCUGGGGCCGGUUGCUCGAAGCCUGGUUAGCGCUAACCGUUGGUUAAGAGGUAUCAAAAUGUAUACGUUUCCAUGGUAUUAAACGCUGGUUAGCACUAACCAUGCUUCGAGCAACCCGGGCCAGAAGACGAAACUUGACGAAUAUGACGAAACUUGAUAAAGUUCUUUAGAGUAGUAACAUUAUGGGAAAACAAAACAUUCGAGGUAAAGAGGCCUAUUGUGAAACCUUUCUUGUAAAAAUGAGUUUUAUUAAGUUGCACGAAGUUAAAGAAUCUGUUUUUUAUCAAAGGCUUCGCGCUUGACCUCGCUUUGAAACAGAGGCUCGGGGCAACUCGAACAUGUUGUCGUAGUAUUUAAUAGAGACCUUCAGAUCCGAGGACAAGGAGGACUACGAGAACGAGAUUGGACUUAAAGUUUUUUAGCGCGUACCGUAAAAUUCCGAAAAUAAGCCCCUCCAAAUAUAAGCCCCCCAAACCGGUAACGCAAAAAACCCUCCGUUAAAUCGCCCCUCCAAAAAUACCCCCGGGGCUUGUACUUGGAAAAUUUCCCUCAAAUACAAAGUGAAACAAAGCAAAACUUCCAACUAUAAGGCUAGCCCAAUCGAUUUUGAAACGCAAAUUUCCCUCCGAAUAUAAGCCCCUCCAAAAAUAAGCCCCUCAAAAAGGGCCUUUGAAAAAUAUAAGCCCCGGGGCUUAUUUUCGGAAUUUUACGGUAUUCUUAAGAAAAUAAACACCCUAGAAAAGCUUCAUUGUACUUUUUUUUCACUAGAAACGUUAACACCGUGGGUUGUUUUUGUUGAAGGAGGUUAAGCCCUCUGUCGAUCGCAAAAUGAUAAAACUUCAAACAUUUGAAAAAAUUGUUUCCGCUAGAACCCGCGUUUCCCGCCAAAAUGUUGCCGAUUCACGCGCACGCACUACUUAGUAUUUAGAAGAUCUCUUUCUCGUAGUUAUCAUCGUCUUAGAAUCUAAAGGUUUCUAUUAUGAUUGCGUAACUUCACAACGAUGCUUUUGUUUUUCUCUCUCUUUUUGAAGAUUAUUGAAAUCGAGGAAGAUGGGAAGAUGACAAUAUUAGUGCAGGUACGUUGUUGCUUCCAGAGGCGUUUUUUCUAGCGGAAAGUAACAAUUCUUUUGGUAGAGUGGAUUAUUUUACAAUUAAACUUUCUUAAAGGAAUAUCACUCAUGCCUUUAUUCUUUCAGGGUCAUGGUGAAGGCGAGAUCUGGGGCCUAGACACUCAUCCCAUUGAGGAUGAAUGUAUGACAGUUAGUGAUGACAAGACGCUGAGAGUCUGGGACCUAUCCAAACUGAGACUAAAGAAGGUAAGAACAAUACCAUAGCCACCACCCCCACCCCCAAGGGAUGCUGCCACAGGGAACUCGUAUCACGAAUUUAUUUCGUCAUAAACAAGUGGCUUUCCUUUAUACUAACUGCUCUAGUAAGGAGGUUGCCGAAACGUCAGUCACUGUCAACAAUCGUAGUCAACCGUUACCGACACCGUACAAACGACUUAAUGACGGAAUCAAGCAAAACUAACUACAAGAGAACGACUGGACAACUGACAAUGUUGCCGUCAGUUACUUUCAACAACAACAGUCCUAUUCAGGGCUACGUUCACCCGGACGAUCAUACUCAACCUAUUUAUGAAAUGACUCCUGGGUUGAAACCUUUCACAGUAAGAAGUAAGUAAGUAAGAAGAUUAAAACGGAUUGAAAUUGUGGGUUUUUGAAAACUUGCUUAACAGUUUUUCAAAGUUCAUUUUUGUUGCUUGCAACGUUUGAUGAGAGAGAAUAAAGCCCUCUCUUGGUUUGAUAUUGUGCUUGGGAUUGGAAGUGAUAUUAGUUGAACAAGAAGCGGUGAUUUCGUCGUUUACAAGUAAAUUCUUUGUUAAAGUUUAGCUCCACAGCGCGUAAGUAAGCGUAAUGGGAAUAUUUACAAAAUGAACCAGACAGCCGUGACAAAACCCUCUUAAAAGUAGGCUUAAAUAUGAAAGGUUGCGUUCGAUUUUUUGCUGGUCAUUUGCGACCAAAGUAAGGCUAAUGUAAAAAUUGUAAUUGCAUUAUAACCAAAUUCUAACCGUUCAUCACUUCAUGUUUCCACUCCCGCAAGUACAUCUUCUUUUUGGCCUAUUCUUUUUUUACAACCACGUGACAAGGCGGCCAUGUUGGGGGUCAAUACGGUUGACCACUCCAGAAAAUACCAUAACAUACCAUAAUGCUCUUUGUUUGUCAGCCCAAAAUUUUGCGUAUGCAUUGUUUUCAGUUUCUCUUGGGGCCAUUUUAACUCCCAAGAGAAACUGACGACAAUGCUCACGCAAAAUUUUGGGGUGACAAACAAAGAGCAUUGUGGUAUGUUAUGAUGUUUUCUGGAGUGGUCAAUAAAAUUUCUUCUCGAAGAAUUUACGUGAAAAUGGAGUUUAGUUCCCAGAGGAGACAAAUGCUUUUGUUCUUGGCCACCAACACGGCCGCCGUGACGCACGUGCAAACCAGCAAUUACGGGGUUAACUGUAUGAUAUUUAUCCUUUUUUAGGUUAAGAAACUCAGGAAAGGUGGACGUGCCGUGGUGUAUUCCCCAGACGGCUCAACAGUUGCUGUAGGUCAAAAUGAUGGCGGUUUCGUGAUCUUAGACGCUGUUACACUGGAAAAAAUCGUGGGAUUUAAGGACAGAAAAGAAGAGAUUUCAGAUGUUAAAUUCUCCCCAGGUAAACACGUUUUUCUGUUGACGUAGGCACGCGCACAUGUUUUAUUAGUUCAAAAGUUUGAUUCACUUCCGAGUUCCAAAAACCCUCACUUUCAAAGUGACGCUAGGUGCACAACCUUUCUUGUGAAAAUGAGUUUUAUUUGCGUGAGAGUGAAAAAUGAUUUCCAUAUCAAAGGCUGAGCACCUACCCUCGUUUUGAAACAGAAACCCGGGGAAACUCGGAAAUGGCCUAUUUGGGCAUCUCCACAGUUAGGCUAAUGUUAAUCUGGGUGGGCUCUGAAGAGAUAUCAGGAUCUUAAUAGUAUCAUUACGAGAAAGGGUUAAAUAUCUUGUUUAAUGUACUACUGUUGAUUAUAUAGACAAGAGUGUUUUAGUUGGGAAAAUAGACCACUUGUAACGUUCAUACGAAACUACAUCCGGGACUUGAGUGGCGUAUUUUCCAUAUCCUCACUAGUGACGUCAUUUCUCACUCAAACUGUUGUUUCUGCACAGUUUGCCAAAUGCGUGCGAUAGAUUCUGUGAAGUAUCUGAAGCUGACAUAAAUCUUUCUCUGAGAAGGAGAAUGUUAAUACAAGUGAAGACGAAAGGAAAGAACUUCAAGAAAUUCCUGCCGCCGAACUACAGCAGUUCGCGAUAAAGUUUGUGCUGGGGGUGAGAAAAAAAAUGGUAAAUACUCUUGUCUAUAUAAUAAAAAGAAAAUUACUCGAUGGCUUGAAAAACAAUAUUUUACUCACUCGCUGCGCUUGUUCGUAAAAUAUUGUUUUCACCACUCGAAAAAAAAAUUCAUAUCUUCGCGCCCCCGUGUAAUGUCCACUAUGUGCUAGAAAUUAUUUAACUGAUAAAAUGAAAAGUAACGAACAAGUAGUCAGGCAAGUAAUACAUGUAAAAUCCACGUAUCUGGCCGCAAAAUAGAAUUUUAUGCGGAGCUUUCGCAGAUGUGUUUUCCAGCGUUGAUAGUAAGGGACUUUAAACGGACUGUUUAGCGUAGUAUAUAUGUGGCUGAUAAAAUGGGUCGUAGAUACGCUAACGUCAGACGUCAAGGUUAGCAGUAUUGUCUACUUCAAGGUCUGUUAAUCGCAGUAUCGCGUUUAACAGACUUCGAAUUAGAAUCAGGUUUACCGACGUACUCCUACAAUAUGCUGAGUGGUGUAUCAUCGUCUUUUUCAUCUGCAGACCUGAUUAACAUUUAUUUGUAAGUAAUUCUUGUGUCUUGGUAAACAGUCACGUCGACGAUACUAUUGUACAAAAACCUGCAUGAACUUCUACAUUUGCACUCAGGAUUCCAUCUUGUUGCCACUUACACUGGAAUGAGUUUCAGAAAACAGAACGCUCGAGGAUUCUGGUUGUUGUAAUUACUGGUAAAUAAGGCCAUCAUGAAACCAGCUAAUUAUACAUUCGCGGAAAGGAUCUAAUCACUCCAGCUUGGGCUUUGUAGAAGCAAGAAGGAGUACUUCUAAAAUCUUUGUAUGUUUUUGCAUUAUACGGAAUGGGCUAAAAAUGAGAGGAUAAAUUCACAUAUGAUAUCAUUCUCAAUACUAGCAUAUGUUUUACCUUUUCCUACAGACGGAAAGUUCUUGGCUGUGGGUUCUCAUGAUAAUUUCGUAGACAUCUACAGUGUGAGGCGGGGUAAGAGAACUGGAAUCUGUAAAGGAAGUUCAAGUUACAUCACACACUUGGACUGGGACACCAAGGGUACGUAUUCUCAAAACUCAGCUGACCCUCACGUGAAUCCAUGGUUAACGUCAUUUGAAUCAAUCAAGGCGUAGAGCACGAUCGAGUACAUGAAGUCCCUCCAUUUCGUCAUAGAUAGUCCUGCGAGUGGUGAACGCGGGCGCGCGUGAAAAAUGUACCGGCUACCUCGAGGAGAGACAGUACUUAGAGGAAAGAGAGAAUACCCCACAUUUGAUAUAUGACUCCGAGGUUUUCUGGUCGUAUUUCUAUAUUUAGUUUGGCUCUCUUUGUGCUCAAGUCUCAUAUGGGCAUUGCGAGACAGUGGAGUCGUGAAAGAUUUGCAAUUUUGUCGCUAAAGGUGAUGUUGCACGAGACGAUUUGUCACGACGAUUUUUAGCACAACACAGCGUUGCAACAUUGUUGCGACGAUGUUUUAAAUGCUUGCAACGUUGUUCCAACAUUGCAACGCUGUGUUGCGCUUAAAAUCGUCGUUGCGAAUGGUCCCUCGUAACAUCAUACUUUUGCCUCGGAGUCAUGUUAGAAUUUUAAUACAUCGAGCGUUAGCCUGCGAUCAUGCCCUCUCCCUUUAUCUCUGUAAUUUGUUUUCUCGAGCCAAAAAAGCAAAGAAGCAAAAAAAAAAAAAAAAAUAGAUAAAUAAACGCCUGAUCCCAGGUUAAUCGAACGUAGGCUAUUUUCUUCCCUCGCGUGUCGGAUAUCCUUGCGAGUGACGAUUGUCACGCGCGCUUGUAUUUCCCUAAAUCUAGUAUACCAGACCUUGUAUUUUUUUCUUGUUGCAAAGGGUAUGUCCGACCAGGUCUCCGUUUUUCUGUGCAAUGUCAGCAAAGUUAACUUUUAAUUGCUUUUAUUACUGUGCACGUCUUCAGCUAAAGAAUGUUGGUCUGCUUUUGCGAAAUCAGUAUCACAGUAGUAACUGUAACUUGCUCCCCUUGUGUUUUCAAUUGUCAAUGGACAGGUAAAUUGAUCCAAACCAACUCUGGCGCCCGUGAGCAUUUGUUUUACGAGGCGCCCACAGGCAGUCGUAAAACCAUCAGUGUCCCGGAUGUUGAGAGGCUACAGUGGUCCACAUUCACUUGUGUUCUGGGUCCAACUGUUAAAGGUGUGUUCCCGCCAGGAAGUGACGUCACGGACGUUAACGCCACCUGUCGUACUAAGGACUGCAGCUUGCUGGCGAGCGGCGAUGACUUUGGUUUUGUGAAGCUCUUUGAGUACCCUGUAUCGGUGAGUUUGAAAUAAUAUGUCGAAUUACAUAUUAUUGACUUCAGUCCCUUCUUGGUUAUCGUGUUAUUGUGAUCACUUUGAAGCACCUUUCGAGAAAACAGUAAUAUGUAACAACUGCCCUUUUUUGUCUCCUAAACAGCGAGGUGCACGUGGACGUCAGUAUGGAGGUCACUCUUCCCACGUGACCAACGUACGGUGGACCAGUGAUGACCGCGUGUUAGUAUCCACUGGUGGCCUGGACACGGCCGUGUUAAUCUGGGACCGACUGAUUGUGUCGGACGUUGAUGCGCCAGGUAUGAAUCUUGAGUUUCUUUGUUGUCAGCGGUUAACAACAACAGUACGGACUUUAAGGCCAUGUUUACACUAAACUGACUAGCUUUUGCGCCGGCGCAAAAACCAUACCGGGUAGGGCUUCUAAGAAAUUACACAGACUUCAAAAUCGGGCGGCCCGCGUCCUUACUCAAUCCAGUUGUGAUGCAGACGCCAGCCAACUAAUCAAAAAGUUAGGCUGGGACAAUUUAGAAACUCGACGUCAAAAACUAAAGGCCGCGAUGGUCUGUAAGUCAGGGUGGCUCGAUACAAUAAUUCUGUAGCGACACCAUCCAUCUUUGAAUCUCUUAUAUUUAAACAAAUUGAUCUUUAUGGUAAAACCAUACACAUAGACUAAAUUUUAUUAUUAUAUUAUUUUUUUGGGCGAUCGGAAUAAAUAUCACGUAGCAUUGACGUCACAAUACUUUUAGCUUUAAAUUGAAUUUCACCCCUUAUCGACCUGAACUUUAGAAAUGCUUUACGCUGCGCAUACAUUUGGUGCUUGCCUUCCGUUAUGCGAAGUUUCACAGAAAUCUAUAAGAGGAAGUUUGAGACAUCUUGGAAUUUCUAAAAAAAAGGGUAUAAAUUAUGCAUGACCUGAAGACUGAACUUUUAAUAUGCAGACAAAUUUGCUACUUUUUGGAUGUUUCCGGAAAGGUUUUACCGCUCAUUCGUUUUGCAAAUGACCCUUACACACUCUACAAUCGGCUAAACGCAAGCAGACGUGCGCGAUUUCGAAAAGUACGAGAACAUGUGAAUCGGGGUAAAACGCAAUCCUGAGCUCUUUUUGUAAGGCUACUUUCACGAAAACAGCGGUUAAACCAAAAUUCGACGAUAGAUUUCUUUAAAAAAUUUCAGUGCUGCAAUUAAUCAGUGUACUAUAAAGUGCCCGAUUUUCGUGUCCAUUGAAACAUUUUACGGUUGCCUAACGAAGGCCCAAAAUUGAGUAACUAUUGGAGCGAUGUAAUAGAUUUGGAUGAUUUUUUGCUUUGGGAUUUUCUAUUGUCUCUAGUUUAGCUCAACAUCCCAUGCAGCACGCGAGAAUUUACCGCGCUUGGUUGUAAUAGUAGUCGAGUCGUACGAGUGUAGAAAGUGUUUGUCCACACGACAGAAUAAACUGUCGAGUCGACAAACGCAUCUCAUUAAGGGGACUUAGAAAUGUCGUUGCUGUUUAUGUUGGCAAGAGACGUCGUGUAAUGGUAGUCGAGUCGUACGAGUGGACAAAGUGCUUGUCCACCCGACAGAGUAAACUGUCGAGUCGACAAAUGCAUCUGAUUAAGGAGACUUAGAAAUUUUGUCGCUGGUCAUGUUAGCAAGAGACCCUGUGUAAUGGUAGUCGAGUCGUACGAGUGGAGAAAGCGGUUGUCCACCCGAGAAAGUAAACUGACGAGUCGACAAAUGCAUCUCAUUCAGGGAACUUAGAAAUUCUGUUGCUCGUCUUGUUUUCUACAAGAUAACCUGCGUUUUAGGGACUGGGCAAUAAAAUGCAGUCCUAACACACUCACUGUAGGGGAACGGCUGCAAUUUGGGUGGCGAAGUUAAGAUACGUACAUGGACUGAAGCUUAGAUUCUGUAGACUGUGUAGCAUCUAAACAGUAUUGUUAUGGAGACUGGAAGAUGCAAGGUAGUGUUUGAUGUAAAGAUGUGUUAGGACGUUGUUCAGUUGAGCAGGACAUUGGUUUAGAACUACUCUCAAAAUUGAUGGGAUGCGUCGCCAUUUUGGGUUGCAAAGCAUUGACGAGCGAGGCCGGGUGCGAGUGUGCUUCUUAAAACUAGUUGGCAAAGAUGGCGUACGUGUUGUUGUCGGUUUUUUAAACGGUAAAUCACCGGGCAAACCACCCUUUUUUACAGUUGUUGAACAAGACUUGUUUCUUUUAGAAGGCAAAAACGUCGGAAUGAGGUAAGAAUGAGGAGAGAUAAGGUUUCGCUUAUUAUAAAGUCUAGCUAAAGUGAUGUCUAAUAAAUUUAAUAUUAAAGUGAAGCGUACGUAUUGCAUGCAUGUGGUAGCUGCAACCGAUCGUUCUCUUGUUGUGAAGGUAUAUUUUCGUUCCUGAAACACUGUAUUGUUCUUCUGCAACAAGCCUGAGUUACAUGCAAGAGAUGUUACAAAAGCCCUAAAGAUGUUCAGUUAUUUAGUGCUAGUGUUAACCCAGGAUUUAAUUUUAAGGUGGUUUACCUUCUCGUCUGUUUGGAAAGAUUUCUUGGAUUUUCUUCCUUUUUUUUGAGCAUUCAAUAAUGUCUAAUUGUAUACGACCCCCGAUCCCCCCUCAGAAAAAAAAAUUGAACUGAAUAGACCUAUUCGGCUAACUCAGUGUUGUACCCAAUUCAAAUCUCCGGGGGUUAAGAUUCUUUGUGUACUG